AUUGUCUGAAAAUUUAGACUAAAUACCGGUACUUAUUUAGUAUCCCACAAUUCAACGCGUGCAUUCCCUGAUACAUCUAAAAGACUAAAUUCUAAUCAAAUCCUGCUGGUCGAGAGAAAAUGUGUGUUUUCAUGGAGCAUAUGCUAUGAGACUGCUAGAAACGUUUUUUGACUGAACAUUAGGAGAGAAAAGGGGAAUAUGCAGGCUGAGGAUGCAAGAUAUUUGAAGAGGAAGGUGAAAGGAGGUAGUAUCGAUGUUCACCCGACUGAGAAGGCCCUUGUUGUCAAUUAUGAGCUUGAAGCAACCAUCUUGGGUGAGAUGGGGGACCCCAUGCUUGGGGAGAGAAAAGAAUGCCAAAAGAUAAUUCGACUGAGAAGUUUAAAUUCCACCACAGAUAUAGCUGCCCUUGCAAGGGAAGUUGUUGAGAAAUGCAAGCUCAUUCACCCAUCCAAACUGCCAGAAGUAGAACAACUCCUAUAUUACCUUCAGAAUAGAAAGGAAACAACACAAAAAGCUGGUGCUAAGAAGGGAGAACUCACAGGUAAACUAAAGGAUCCCCCACCAUAUGAAGGCACAGAGUUGAAUGAGGUUGCCAACAUCAAUGACAUUGAGGAUUACAUUGAGCUGCUGUAUGAAGAUAAUCCUGAGAAGGUCAGAGGAACAGCUCUUCUUCUACAGCUGGCAAGAAACCCAGACAACUUAGAAGAACUCCAGUCUAAUGAAACUGUUCUUGGUGCACUGGCCAGGGUCCUGCGAGAAGAAUGGAAGCACAGCGUGGAGCUCGCCACCAACAUCAUCUACAUCUUCUUCUGCUUCUCCAGCUUCAGUCAGUUCCACAGCAUCGUGGCUCACUUCAAGAUCGGUGCCCUUGUCAUGGGGGUGGUCGAGCACGAGCUCAAGAAGCAUGUUUCUUGGAACGAGGAACUCGUCAAGAAGAAGAAGGCUGCUGAUGAAAACCCAGCCAGCAAGAGAGACUACGAAAAGAGCACCAAGAAAUACCAUGGGCUCUUGAAGAAACAAGAACAACUCUUAAGAGUUUCAUUCUACCUGUUACUCAACCUGUCCGAGGACCCGAAGGUGGAGAUGAAGAUGAAGAAUAAGAACAUCAUCCGUCUCCUCAUCAAGACGUUGGAGAGGGAUAAUGCUGAGCUUCUCAUCCUAGUUGUCUCUUUCCUCAAGAAGCUUAGCAUUUAUGUGGAGAACAAGAAUGAAAUGGCUGAACAACAAAUCAUUGAGAGGUUAGCAAAGCUGGUACCUUGUGACCAUGAGGAUCUUCUGAACAUCACAUUGCGAUUACUACUCAAUCUUUCAUUCGAUACUGAUUUAAGAGGGAAGAUGAUCAAACUGGGAAUGCUACCAAAGUUUGUUGAACUUCUUGCCAAUGACAAUCAUAAACUAGUGGUAUUAUGUGUGUUGUACCAUGUAAGCCAAGAUGACAAGGCCAAGUCAAUGUUCACAUAUACAGAUUGUAUACCUAUGAUAAUGAAGAUGAUGUUAGAAUCACCCACCGACAGACUUGAGAUUGAGCUGGUAGCCCUAGGGAUCAAUCUGGCCUGUAACAAACACAACGCACAGCUCAUCUGUGAGGGGAAUGGUCUCAGGUUACUGAUGAGAAGAGCUCUAAAGUUCAGAGAUCCAUUACUACUCAAGAUGAUCAGAAAUAUAUCGCAGCAUGAUGGACCAUCAAAAACACAAUUUAUUGAAUACAUCUCCGAUGUUGCCCGUAUCAUCAAGGAAUCUAAUGAUGAGGAGCUGGUUGUUGAAGCCCUGGGUAUCAUGGCUAAUCUUACUAUCCCAGACCUAGACUAUGAGAUGAUCAUCAAUGAAUUUGGUCUUGUUCCCUGGAUCAAAGAAAAAUUAGAACCAGGAGCAGCUGAAGAUGACCUUGUACUUGAGGUGGUGAUGUUGGUGGGUACCGUGGCAACGGAUGACUCCUGUGCGGCCAUGUUAGCCAAGUCUGGCAUCAUUCAAUCCCUGAUUGAGCUUCUUAAUGCAAAGCAAGAGGAUGAUGAGAUUGUUUGUCAGAUAGUGUAUGUCUUCUAUCAGAUGGUAUUCCAUGAAGCUACAAGAGAAGUCAUCAUUAAACUUACACAGGCCCCAGCCUACUUGAUUGAUCUUAUGCAUGAUAAGAAUGCUGAGAUCAGGAAAGUCUGUGAUAACACUCUGGAUAUCAUAUCGGAGUUCGAUGAAGAGUGGGCCAGGAAGAUCAAGCUGGAGAAGUUCCGAUGGCACAACUCCCAGUGGCUCGAGAUGGUGGAAUCCCAGCAGAUAGAUGAUGGUGAAGGGCUCAUGUAUGGAGAUGAGAGUUACAGUCCUUAUAUCCAGGAAUCAGACAUCUUGGAUAGACCGGAUCUCUUCUACGGACAGCCAGGAUAUGAAGAUGGAGAGAUGUAUGAUGGUGUGGUAACUCCGGAGUAUGUAGAUGAAUAUGGCAAUGUACAGAAUGGAGAGUACAUGGGUAGACCUCCUAGUGCCAUGUAUGGUAACAGAUAUCAAUCCGAGUACGAGUCCUUCAGGCCUGGUUCAAGGGUAGCAUACCUUACAGAAGAUGGCCAACCCUUAGAUGAAUAUGGCAAUCCCAUCGAUGUCUACGCAGAAUCGGUAGAUCAGUAUGGACGGCCUGUAACACCCACAUACCAAUAUGGCUCGCAGGCCCAGCAAGCGCCUGGAUACCCGUACUGAUGAUGUUCGAUUUCUACUCUCACCAUUGAUGCAUAACAAAUGGACAUGUCUUUUGCUUUCAAUGGGCCAAUAUGGCUGCAGAUAGUACACUGUCGGUAGUAUGCUUAUGUUGUCAUGACUGAUUUUGAUGUUUGAUAUUGGUCAGACUGCUCUGACGACCAAAGAGCUUUUCCCAUCAGGUUUAGAAAUAAAGCUGCAUGUGAGUAUACCAACAUGGCUGCACAAAAGAUAUGGUCCAGAAAAACUCUAUGAAGAGCAGCUGUCGUGAUACACAUUCUUGGAUUUGGCAAAAUUUUCUGCUGUAGGUGUAAAAACAUGGCCACCUAUUCUGCCGUACUUGGGGAAAAAGGAAGCAAGUUACAAAAGUAUAAUAUGCUGUAAACGAGCAAUGUGUGUUUGUCAUUUACAUAGGCGUCAAUGCAGUUUAACAGCAUAUUUUCUUCAAUAUCUUUCCAUAGAAUGAUAAUUUCUUCCCUAAAUUUUGCCUGAACGGGCAAGAUACAAAGGGUGUUUCAGAAACGACAAUAUCUCAAAUUUGACUGAUGUGUCACUUGCUUCCUUUUGCCAAAGUUGGGCAGUAUUGGUGUACCAAGUUAGAUGGACAUCUCCAAUUUUAAGAAGUGGUAUGGCAAUGGACACCUGUGAUUCCCAUAAUUGGAUGGACUUCCUAUUAUCACCAGGGAACCUUGAUAAAAGUCUAAGCCAAGUUUAGCUGAAGUGUUUUAGGGAUAAUCCUGCUUGGUAUGUUCACCAUCCUAUCGUCUUAAUUUCUGCAUGGAGCAAGCAGAAGGAGAUCAGGGCGACCGCUGUUAAAUCCUGCUUGAUAUGAAGCGGUAGUUUUGAUAAGUUUCCUGAUAUUCUUACCAACAUGGCUGCUCCUGGGUAAUGAGUGUGCCAACUGGAAUGGACAGCUGCAAUUAUCAUUAAUGUCAUAUAAUUUUGUGAUUAACACAGGUCUGUUUAUCUUAGCAACUUGACACACUUCCCGCUCCAAGAGCAAUUAUGAUUGGCCUUGCUAACAUGGAUGCCAGUAAGUAUACCAAUAUGGCUGCUAAUGGAUGUACCAAAAUGGCUGCCAAUGGGUGUAUGGCCUCACAAAUUCUGUAGGCAAUUAACAUAUAUCCUGUAGUAAUCUACCUCUGGUGAUAACAAAAACUGACAAGGAUCUGGGCAGCAGCAAUAAAGUGCAUGUCCAGUGCCUUGUAUUCUGAUUUCCAGUUUAAUUUCAACUCCGGUGUAAAGUUUAUAGUUGACCUACACUACAGAUAGCAAAUUGUGACACAAAUCUCUAACAGUACAGAUUCAGUUUUAUCAGGUCAUUUCAGGUCACUUGAAUCAUUCAUAACUGUCUGGGAAUGAUAAUUUGAAAAUAGUUUUCUUCACCAUUAAAGCAAGGGCAAAGAACACUGGAAACAUACAAGGUAAACAAAAUUUUGACAUUUUCAGGUUCUCAAUUUUCGCCCACACAAUUAGGACAUGGUCUAAAUUCAACUGGAGUUCAGAAUUAAGACCAGUGAGUUAGACCCUGUUCUCAUUACCUUCCUAAAACUAGUUUACUGGAAACUAGUUUAGUGGAAACUAGUUUAACGUGUAAUGAGAAUGGUUGAAGCGGUCUUGGAAGCAAUCUUCUAAACCAGUUCGGAAAACCACCUUGCGAUGUGGUUUUCAAGAUCGCUUUGCCUCGUUAAACUGCUUUCAGCGUAAGUGAGGACACAACCGUUCUUGGGGAAGCAAUCUUCGCACAUUUGGAGCGCGCUAUUCCACACAUUGUGUGUAGAAUGUCUGCGCUGUGGUUUCGAAUUUCGCGCAAAACAUGUCACCCUCACUGAGAGUGUUCCCAUAGCAACAAGGCCACCUUAUGUGAAGUGGUUUUGAAAACCAGCUGAUCAAAUGGGAACGCUAGCAAAGUGAUCUUCCAAACUGGUUUCCUGAACCGAUGUCCAGUAAACUAGUUUUAGAAAGUAUGAGAACACUGUCAUUAACACUUGCAUAAUUGGUUUGCAAAAUUCCUUGAUAUCUGUAGACCAUAUUAAUAAUAUUACUGCUGAAUUUUGUAAUUCCUAUAGGCUUUGUACAGGGACUACUGGUUUUCCAGUAACCAACAGGUUAAUGAGAUAAAUCCCUAGAUAUCCCCUUUGGAUCCCCGCAGAUAUAGUUGAGAAUAUACUCUGAUUGAGGCGCUGUUGGGAAGCAAUUAUUUUACCUUGGAAUGCACACUCCCCUACAUUUCAUAUGUGCUUAUGUCUCUUUCCCUGUAUAAUCGCUAUGAUUCAUAUCGUUGUGAACUUGACAGGUUACACGCUUGUUACUUAAGGGGACAGUUCAGACCUCACGGUUAUAGAAGUAGGUGUCAUAAGACACUUAUUUGGAAUCAAUUGCAAUUGAUAAUCACAAAUUUUCAUUUGAUGGAUCAAUUUGAACUAAUGUAACGGAAAAUAAUUUUUUUUAUAUAUAGUUUCAAGGCAUUUAUUUUCAUUUGCCACUCUCUACCCAGUUGUAAAUGGAUUAGGAAAGGAAGCAUUGAAAGUUAGCUGAGCUAUGUCAGGAAAGGCCUUUUUGCCAAAAGCCAGAGCAUUUUCUUUCACCUCGGAAUCCUGCAAGCGCCUUUUUAUUUCUAAUCCUUGCUCAGACUCUUGGUAAGAUAUCGAGUGUCCAAAGCAACGCAUUUGGUGAAUAUACAAUACAAAUAUCCAAUAUGAUUAUUGUUAUUUAGUAGCCGACCAGCAAACAUUUUAAAAUCUACAAUUAAUUGCAAAACUUGUGAUCAAUCUGGGGACCUAAAAUUGACAUGUCAUUGAUUGUAAGUCUGUGACAACACCGACAUUGUCUUUGUCAUUGGCUAUAAAGAGCCCUUUGAGCUCCGUAGGACAGGCUGCAUGUCGGUCAAAGAUGGGAUUAUAAUGGUGCACAACAGCUGCCAACUGUUCUGAGAUUAUCUGAUUGUACAGAUUUUUCCUGACAAGACUUAAAGACUCAAAUUCACAAAAGUGGUGUAAACUAGGAUGGGGUACAAACUAUCAACUAUGUGAAUUUUGCUCAUAUAUUGCUUUUACUUCAGCUUCUACACUGAGACAUGUCCAAUGAUAAAUGCCUGCUUUUGGCAAAGGAUGCUGAAUUGAUGCUUGAAAGAAGUAUGAUUAGACAAGAAAUAUCCAUAGUCCAUGGUUUUGUACCCCCUCCUAUGUUAAACUCCCUUUGUGGAUUCAGGCCAAAGAGCAAUAUGAUUGAUAUUUUGAGAACAUGCAGUUUCGUUUAUAUAGGUUUCCCUAUUAUUCUGAUGGUUAUUACCAUUUAUUUGGUGUUCAAUGUACUUUGUAUUCAACCUGAUUCAAUAGGAGUUAUAAAAAAUUCUGAAAAUAUAGAAUGUGACUAUUUCCCCUAUUCAUUAGCAAUGGACAUCUUAUUACUGCCAAAAAUGACAAGUAUUCUUGCGUCCUAAAUUAUUUUAAUGUUGUUUGACCCCCUUGCAAAUCCUUCAAAUUGGCAAUGCAAUGAAGGGCUCAAAAACUGGUUAUACAUGUAUGUUAGGUUCAGAUUAAAUAUUGUUUUUUUUUAUUUUGUACAAGCAACUUCACCUUGACAUAUUUAAAAUCUUCAUCACUGCAUGUGAUACAAGAACCUGCAAGUAAAAUGACAAAAUAAAAUUAAAAAGUAAAAAAGGGGCCUAAGCUUUCGAUCCUAGCAGAAUCUUCGUCGGAGGCAAAAUGACAAACAUAUAAAGUGGAACAACCAUAAUAUAGACCACAAACAAGCUACAGCAACACUAGAAACAAGGAGACAAAAGGGGCAUUAGUGAGUAGAGAAGACCAAUCAGGUUAGUGAAGGGGAUGAAAGAAAAGGAGUAGGCAGACACAAAGGGAAGUUAGUGUAAGUAAGGCCAAGAGGGAUUAAGAUAAUGAGGCAGGCAACAUCAAACAGGAUCUAAAAUUAAGAUGAAAAAUUAAGAUGAAAAACAUAUUUCAGCUAUAUGUUUACAGAAUGUUAUUUGUCAGGUGCAAUAAAAUGAGACACACGGUACAAUUAUGUGUCAUUUCCUUUUGCGAGAAUAAUCUCCCUUGUAUUUCAGCCUUGGAAGAGGUGUCAUUUAUCAGUUAAUGUGUUAAUUGGUUGUAAUAGUUUCUAUACCAUGUAUUAAUGGGGCAUAAUAGUUACCUAUACUCUGUGUUAAUGGGGAGUAACAGUGGGAGAUGAACUUGAAGAAGUUAAUUGGUUAUCCCGCGAUGGAUCAAAUCGAUUAACUUCUUCAACUUCGUCCUUCUCCACAUCAUCGAUAGUGUGAGAUAUUACAUUGUAAGGCACACUGCUCAGCGAAGAGUCGUCACAUAACGAGUUUAUUCCCUUGACAGUUCUAUCAGAUUGACGCAGUGCAGUUCAGUCCACCUGUGGUAGGAAAUGGGUAUUAACCCCUGAAAUGACUUAAAGCAAAAGUAGAAUUAUGAAUAUAUGGAUGUGGAAUUACUGAUGUUUCUUCUUCAGGUUUCUUCUUCGAGGUUACCGAUUUAAAAUUCGGAAUCCAGAUGCUAGCCACUCCAUUUUUGUCCCAUAUUGUAAUUCAAAGUUGGCCACUACAGUUCUUUCGUAGUGCUUAUCAGUGGUAAGUCACCUGCUACUGUAAUUAUGAAUCUCUGCUGAAAUUCUGCAAUAUGAUUGGCUAUAAGAGCAUUUUUCACUAUUUCAGCAUAUUUUAUUGAUAACAUAUUUUAUGAAACUUGCUCCAAAUGACAUAUGUAAUCGUGAGUUUUGUGUCUAAAAGGAUCUGGCGCAUUUAUUCACGAAUUAUCCCGACAAAUAAAAAAGAAUGAUUAAUUUCUUAACUAUUCUAUGCCUGUUUCAAAGAGUAUCAAAGUAUAAAUCAACAAAAAUAAUCUAAAAGUAUCAUUUCUGCAAUAUUAUUUGACCAUUGCUAUGCAGUUAAGCAGGUACACAUCUUUUAUUCUUCAUUAAAGGAGAAUGAAACCCUUGAAACCAGCUGAAUCCAUAUCAAAGAGAAAAAUCAAAGAAACAUAUUGUUGAAAGUUUGAGGAAGAUUGAAUGAAUAAUAAGAAAGUUAUGAGCAUUUGAAUAUUGAGAUCACUAAUGCCAUGUAGUUCCUACCAUUGGCAAUGCGACCAAGAUCUGUGAUGUCACACACGUACAACUCCCUCAUUACUUUAGUACUUAUUUCACUUACAUUCUCACUUUUAUAGAGUCUAUCACAAGGUGAGGUGUUCUCUUUAUGAGAGGACAAGUACAGAGGUUUCACAACAUUAUAUCAUUGAUGAAUCGUUUGUCAUAUGAUUAGAAUGAGCAAAAAGAUAUGUUUUGGGUUAUAUUUUCAGUGUCCAAAAGGGGAGAGUUGUUCAUCUGUGAUAUAGAUCUUGGUUGCAUUGCCAAUGGGAGGAUCUCCAUAGCAUUAGUGAUCUCGACAUUCAAAUGCUCAUAACUCUUCUAUUGCUAGUCCUAUUUUACUCAAACUUUUGUUGAUCUUAUUUUUUGAUUUUUACUGCUUUCACAAAAGCUAACUUGCUCCAAGAGUUUCAUUCUCCUUUAAUAUAUUCUUCAUUAAUUUUAAGAAAAAAUAGUAAGAAAUCAUGAAAUAUCUCUAGCUGAUAUAGUCUAACACUUGCCUUCAUAAAAGGAUAAAUCUGGCAAGAAAACUUGAAAUUAGAAGACAAAAUACCUGCACCUUGUCAUGGAGAAAAUGUGAUAUACCUACUUGAUCUUAUAUUUCAUUGGUACUCAUACUGAUUUUCUUCUUUUAAAUUAGAUCUCUUUCAUCUCAAAAUGCAAUCAUUAUCAUCAAGUACCAGGUAUGUUUUACUUACAGAUUUGUGGUCAUGGUCGUUCAUUCCGGUCUUUAUUUUUUACUCUUUAACCCCUACCUUGCAUUGGAUUGCAAAUCCCACCCAAAUAUAGUGAUGAACAUUUGUUUUGGCUCACAGUGAUCUGAAAUUUCUUCUACAGUCAUAGAAUCCUGCGUGUUGAAUUUCAUGUUUACUCCUUAUUAGUAUGUCUGCCCAUUUCUUUGUUCUUCAUGUCAAUCUGUACAAGAAUGGGAGACCUAUCCAAAUCUCCCUAUGAAACUACUACUUUAAAAAAGAAUUGAAGAAAUGUAUUUUUUAUGUUUUGUAGGAAUUGUGGACGUAAGCGGUUAUUCAAUCAAUUCAAAUUUACUCUACUAAAUGGACGGUAUGUCGUCUUUUCUUUAUAUCAGACCAAUACGCGUCAUUCUGAUUCUGUCAAGUAAGAAUAACUUUUUUUUCAGAACAGGUUAACAUCCAGUACUAGAAAGAUUUGUGGGGAAAGAUACUGAUAAUUUCAGCUGAUUGCAAAUCAUAAUUAUUAUUAUGUACUUAGUAUUUUAUAUUCUAUUUAUGAGAUUGAGUAUGUACAUAUCUAUCUGUGUAUAUUUGUAUAUUUAUAUCAAGUGGAAUGUUGUGUGUUGCAAUAAAUGUACAGCAUAUGAUAA